ACUAUUCCUCCAAUGACGUCACGUUUCCUACCUCACCCCGUCAACGUCAAUUUGUUCGAGUUGGAUAACCAAUACUAAACGGACCUUGAUUCCACUUGAUUCUCAAAUUAAUUUUAAUUUUUGAGGUUAUAAACACUUCACAGUGCGAUAUCAACGUAUCACAACCACCGUCAAUUUUAGUUUUUUUUUUGAGGUUAUGUUCGUUUCACUUAUAAAUAAAUGUGACGUUAGUUAUAAAAAUAAAAUGUUAUCAUCCCACGUUUGUAUUAAUUGCGGGGCAAAAAUUUCUCAAUUAUACAAAGAAUACAGCCCUACAGUACUAAAACUAACUAAAUGCGAACAAUGUGGUCAAACAGCGGAUAAAUACGUUGAAAUUGAUCUUGGAAUAAUUGUUAUCGAUCUGGUUUUAUUAAAAACGGAGGCUUAUCGCCACAUUUUAUGUAAUACUGAGUUUAAAUUCCAUUGGAAACUCGCGAUAAUUUUGCACACAAUUGAAGCUUAUUAUGAGUGGAUGUUAAAAACACCUGAUUUAGAAUAUCAACCUAAUCAUUUUGAUGUAAAUGAAUUUACAGUUGAUGAUUUGAUGUUUUAUAACAUUUGUUUUUUGGUUUUUAUAAAAACAUCCACUUUUAUUUUAUUAAUUUAUUUCCUUACAUUAUUACGAAAUAAAAAGUAUGACAUAAAGAAAUCAUACAAAAACUUGUUUCUGGAAACUUGGAAAUGCGUUACUUUAUCUAGUUUUGGAUUAUUUUUGUUAGUUCCUUCAUUUAUUUGGGGUGGUAAAUCAACGUUGGAUAAUUCAAUGACUUUCGUAACUUUUUUCACCACAUUAUCACAAUUAUUCGCUUAUAGAGCCACAAAUAAUUAUUCGAGAGAGUGGUCGAUUUUUGUAAUUCUAACCUCAAAUAUUUUUAGUAUUCUUUCUCAUUUUUCUAUAAAUUAUCUUUUAAAUAAGCAUUUAAACUUGGGUUACGUUAGUUCUUUAGGGUAUUUAAUGUAAAGAAGUAAUAAAUAAUGUUAUUUUUGA